GUUCGGCAUUAAAACACGUUUCCUAAAAUGAUCAGCUAUUAAUAUUCCAGUAAGCGUGUCAAUAAGAAUGGUUUCGCGUAAAUAUUUUAUGAUUUGUAUGUUAUUAACUUUGCUAAGGAACACCGCUAGUUUAAACUUUGUAGACUAUUUAAAUAAUGCUAUUAACAUUACAACAAGCUUACCUACACACAUAUCUAGUACCUCGGAUAUAACAGCCACAUCUACUUCUCCAAUUACUAAAUGCGAUAUCCAAAUGAAUAACGGAGAUCCCAAUUCGGUUCGUGAAGAUCUUUGUGAAUGUGCAGACGGUUAUGCAAUUAUUGACCAUGAUGAAUAUGACAACAAAAUUCCGUUAACUUGUGUUGAAAUAUUGCCAGAAACGAGCACAAUAACAGAAACGGAAGACAUUAAAACGACGGCGACAACAGAAACGGAAGACAUUAAAACGACGGCGACAAGUUCAAAACUAAAACCAAUAAGGAAGAAAGAAACAUUUCGUGCAACUGGUUCUCUACUGGGUUAUUAUAUAACAGGAGGAGCGCUGUUUACGUUAAUGAUAACUGCUUCAGGAUUGCAUUAUAUAUGGAGUUUACGAAGAAACGGGUAUUAUGAAAUUAUACAUUUUGUUUAAGAAUAUUACAUUGUGAUUCAGAAAUGCCGAAAAUAAAACAAACAAAUUAUA